CUUUUCCAGAGUGGCAGGAUCUUCUUGUGCUGUGGACUGACAGUUUGUCGGACAGAUUAAGCCGUGGAAUUUAUUACGAGAGUGCGGCUAUGGGACCUUUUCAGCUAUGUUAGGUAACACAUUAUCCAGUCGUUUAAUUCCAAGUUUUACUGCAAAGUUUGUGAGUCUGGAUCGAUGGAGUCUGGAGCGGGACGAGCUGAUGGGAUCCUCCUUGCGCUUUGGAGACCGAGGAUGUGUGUGUGAAAGUGGACAGACUGGGGUCAGUCAUGGAGCCUGAGCUGAACUGCAGCUCACAGUGUGAUUCCCCACUCUGCUCGAUACACCCGGGAGUGAACCGACAGGAGGGCAUCGACAUUCUGCAGAGAAUAUGCAGUCUCAGCAUGAUGGCCGUGGAGCUACCGAGGCGCUCUGUCUCCCCGGUGGUGAGUGCCGUGGCGUGGACGCUGCUCUCCUGUGGCAUCCUGCUGGCUUUCUGCUUCCUCCUCUUCACCCUGCGCUUCAAAAACAACAGGAUAGUGAAGAUGUCCAGUCCCAACCUGAAUGUCCUGACUCUCUUUGGGAGUGUCCUCACCUACAGCAGCGGCUUCCUGUUUGCCGUUGAGGAUCGAUCGCACUCACAGGGUGGAGCAUCCACAGCCGUGCUACAAGCCCGGAUGUGGACUCUUUGUAUCGGCAGUACCCUGGUGUUUGGCCCAAUUUUGGGGAAGACAUGGAGACUGUACAGAGUGUUCACCCAGCGAGUGCCUGACAAGAGAGUGAUUAUCAGAGACAUCCAGCUGAUGGGCAUGGUGGCUCUGUUGGUCCUGGUGGACAUGCUGGUCCUCACGGCCUGGAACCUCACCGACCCCAUCAAGUGUUCACGAUCUGUAGGAGCUACGGUCAAGGUUGUGGACAGAGACAUUUCCUACUCUUUGUCUCAGCUGGACUCCUGCUCCUCUGCAUACUCAUAUCUGUGGGUUAUCAUUAUUGCUGUUCAGAAGGGUUGUCUUCUCCUCUAUGGGACUUAUCUAGCUGGGCUGACCAGUAACGUCAGCCAUCCUCCAGUCAACCAGUCUCCCACCAUCAUAACUACCGUCACUUUGGUCACCCUCUUUUCUGCUGUAGCCAUUCCUGUGUCCAUCUUCCUACAGGCCUGGCCCAACCUGGUCUACAGCACUGUGGCUGGAGCCAUUUUUAUCUGCACAAUGGCUACCAACUGCAUGCUGUUUGUGCCGCAGCUGACCCAGUGGCGGCAGUUUGAAGAGGACCAGAACAACCCAAGUCAGAUGGCCAAGUAUUUCAGCAGCCCCAGUAAGAGCCUGCCCUCGGUGUACAGCCAGGAUGAGAUGUACUACGUGUUGGGGGAAAACAACUCCAUGAAAAAAAUACUUAAUGAGAAGACCGCUGUGAUUGACAGUCUGCAGGAGCAGGUGAACAAUGCCAAGGACAAACUCCUGCGACUCAUGUCAGCCAGCCGCCCCCCCGAGGACAUGGACUCUUCCAACACCAACCUCAACUCCUCCUCCACUCAGACCACGGAGGUUCAGUCUGAAGGCCCUUCUUCUUCUUCUCUACCUCGAAAAGACUCUUCAUCCCAACUCCCGCCACCAAAUCUCUCCUCUCACCACACUGCUGCUGCUGUUCCAAUGUCCUCUGAUCCUCCCUCUGCUCCAAGCUCCUCAGCCCCCAUUGAUGCUUCUUCUCCUCUCCCUGGUGAUAUUUAUAAAAGCGAGAACCAGAGAGGCGUUUCUACCACUGGCAGAGACACAUCUGAGAGGGUGGAGGAUCUUAAAUCGCCUGCAGCUCUCCUGUGCCCGGGCUCACUCGGGACAGCAGAAGAGACGGUUGAUUUUGUCACUUCGCUACAAUCCCAUAGAGGGUUAAACCCAACACAGGUUAAAACGUUCAACAGACAGAGUUCCCUAACAUCCCCACUGGGUCCAAAUGCUCGACCGAAUGGUUUUGUUAGCAGCGAUCAGUUGCAGGAGAUUCUCCAGGAGCUGAGUGUGGAUGCAGUCAUGGAAAUCGCACUUCGAUCACCGGGUCAGACGUUCAGAAGGCCUUCUCAGCUAAAAUGUCUGGAAGCCUCCGCACUUUCCCCUCUCUCCCUGCGGACACCACGCUCCCCUAAUCCACCAGUUCUCUUCCGCUACCCCAGCAUCUCCCCCUACACUAUGAGGAAGCGUCGGCCACCCUUCCACUCCCCCAGAAGAGUGUUGAGCCCUCCCUGCUUCUACCCAGCCCCUGAGGCUACUGGCUGUGGAAAGAAAAGGGACAACCAAAAUUCAGGAAAGCACCCUGAUGGACUCACUGGGGAUGGCAUCGUCCUCCAGGUGCACAACAAUGAACUAAAUCUAGAUGAGGAAGAGGAGGAGGAGGAGGAUGCGGAAGAGAAUGAGGUGAGAAGGAAACGUCGGAGGCGUGCUUUAAGGUCCCACAGAUGUUCAGUCUUGCCCGGUGCAGAUGGCUCACUUGAUGUGGAAGCGGGUGGUGGUAAUGAGCACCACAGACGUAUGAGAGACUCCUGUGGGUACUGGGACUCAGACUCUAGCAGCUCAACAGACUUCUGUUACUACCACCGUCCGUACUGUGACUCCUGCCUGCAGCGGGGCUCUCUGAUGUCCUCAGAGAGCUCCUCAGACUCUGACAGCGAGUACGAAGGCUAUGCCAGCCUGUACCGCUCCCCACACCCUGUAGUAUUCAAAGAAGACCUCAAACCCACAUUUGUAUAAGCACAGGUCAACCGCACUUUACACGACCAUCCAUUUCGACCACUUGAAUUUAUUUCUGAAGAAACGUCCAAAUUAGCUUUAAGGAUAAAGCACAAGUUCAUUGUGGAUAAAGCUAAUGUGCUAUCUAUAAUGGGAGAUCAUUUGACUGUUACAUGUUUUAAUCUCUUUAUGAAAAGAGUGUUUGUAUUCUUUAUUAGUGGGACAGAGUAGUUAUUUUAUUAGGAUAAUGAGGCUGUUAUCCUAAUAAAGGCUGUUGACCUUUUAAUAUUAGUUAUUUCUAGAUUUAUGCUUUCAGAUGAAAUGUCAUAGACUCCAUAAAUGUCUAAGUCGGACUUUUAGAGUAAUACAUAAAAACCCAAAGGUAUGGUUUACACAGUUGAAAUGUGCACUAUGUUAAGUAUUGUGCAAAUAUUGUAUUUAUUUUAAUAUUUAUGAUAAGAUAUCUGGAUGUACAGAAACAUUCCCUGUCCACUUUCUAUUGUAUUACCUUGUCUUACACAUUCCUUAAAGUGUUGUUUAAUUGUAUGGUGGACAUUUUGUUGUUUGUGAGUCUUGCUUAAUGUUCUUAUACAGUACAUUUUCUAAACGCUCUACGUGUGUUAUCUGUAGCUGGUUUACGAGACACCAUGCACACACUAUCUGAGCAAAUGGAAAAGACAGGUCACUGCUAUGCUUUGACACACUUUUCUUAGUGUAUUUUUUCCGAAUAAGAGUAUUUCAUGAGCAAAGUUCAGUUAUCUGGAGUAUGCGUCUUGGACUUGUGUGUACGUGAGAAACAAAGAGUGCCUUGCUGCCUUUAGA